AUGACAAUUCCUCCUAUUCAAAAUCUUAUAAUUCCUAAAUCUUAUACGCCAAAAGCUGUAAUAGAAGCCAAUUUAGACUCAACAAGUGUUUUAUGCACGAGAGAUAAUGUAGAUUACGAAAUUAGAAUAUUUGCAGUCGAAGAGAUUGCAUUAAAAUGCAAAAAAUGGAAUGAAGAUCUAUCAAAAAUAGGAGGAGAGCUAUCAAAUCGUAUAAUAUUCCCUGAAUUUCAAGUUCUUCCAAAUUCAAAAUAUUGUUCUAUCAGAAAAUUUCAUUCACGUACUCUAGAAGCAUUAAUAUUCUUCGAUGAUACUCUUUUUCCAGAAGAAAAGCACGCUAUUUGUCUCCAAAUUGUUAGUAUUUUUGCAUUAUUACCUCAUGGAAUCAAGUUUCCAUUCCUUCCUUCAAGAUUUCUUGUCCAUGAAGAUUUAUAUGUAUGCCUUACAGAUUUAUACGAGCCUAAUCCCGUUGAUGAAGAAGCUUUUGAAAUGGGAUAUUAUAAACAAAAUACAACAAUGCUUAACCUUCUUCAUUCUAUUAUUAUGAAAACAUGGAGGGUGGAUGCAUCUACAGCAGAAAAAUAUCGCGAAAAUUACUAUAAUGCAAUCUUUCCAGAUCCAGAACAUCCAAUCGAUUCAAAAUUCUGUCCAGAAUGGGGUGAGCACUUCCUUAAGGUACAUAGGAAAAACAAGCCUAUCAAAAAACUUCCUCCUUUACUUGUUUUCGAUAUUCAUCGUGGAAAAAUCAUUUCAAGCAAUCCAGCAGAGGUUUGCUCCGCAUUAUCAAAUAUAUCCGACGAUAUUAGUAAAAUUACAGCUCCAACACGCGAUACUUUACGUACAGAUCGAGCCACACAAGAAUUAGAAAAUAUUAAAGAAGAAAUGCUAAGAAAGAGAGUUUGUCCUAUCAUCAAAGAGUUAUCUGAUUCAGACAACGACUUAGUACGCGCUCUAUCAUUCUAUAUUAUUGUAAAAAUCAAAAAAUAUUUCAAGAAUCGAACAAAACCAUCAUCAUAUCAAGUGAAACGUUCUAAUUCAGAGUAUUCCAUACAGACACAAGACCAAUCCGACGCCAAACUUAACCUCGGAAUGCUCAGAAACUUAUAUCAAAUUUUGAUGAAGGAUGAUCCAGCGUCAAACUUCAUCGGACACUGCACACUACCAGCCAUCAUGGCAAUGAAGCCAUCAAUGAUGACAGAUAUCCUCAUUACCGCUAUAAAAAGGACGGAUAUCGAUGACCAAGACGAAAUUAUUGUUCAACUUUCGAAUAUUUCGAGGAUAAUUAAGUCGAGAGCCACUAAAAUACAGAUCAUUGAUACACUUAAAGUCACAGAUGCAUUGUUCAACUCGUUGCAAGGUAUAAAUCCUGAAGAUUUCAAUCCUGACGUCGUAAUUUCCAGAAUGUCGGCACAAUUAUUCACACAAAGUCAACUCCGCUUCCUUAUACAUGUUUCUAAAGUUGCGUCUAUACCACUACUCCUCAGAUUCUCCCUCAAAGACGCAAUGGAUGCACCAACUUUGAUGACUUUGGUCAGAACUUUGAUUGAAAGAGUUUCAAAAAGAGUCCAUUCGGCAAAUUUGGCAGCGGUUUGUCCUGUUUACAAAGGAUGGUCGAAACCACCAUUGAUAACACCAAAACCUUUGGAUAAAGAUCAGUUUUCUCCCCCUCAAGAAUUGAUCUCAAAUUGGUGUCUAUCGUCACAAAAACCGCAAUUCAGGCCCGUAGAUUGUGAAAAUUGGAAAUCCUCACCGAUUAUCAUACAAACAACGAACAAAGCCACAUCCAUUGCGUUCACAACAGACUGCAGAUUCAUGGUAUCAGCUGGAAACAGUGUAGAACUUUAUAGAUUGGAGUCAAUUAAAAAUCAUGGAAUUGAUUUCGGACGAUUACCAGUGAAACUCGAUCUCCCUGAACCAGCAACAUCUGUAGCCACUGUUCCGAACUAUAUCUUCAUAGGAACUUCAAAAGGUGUCUAUAAAACACAAAUUUUCGAAAAAAUCGAAAAACCAAAAAUUCAAAAAAUUUUGGAUUUGGAGACUUCUGUCACUUGCAUUGAACGGAUUUCGGAUUCCUUGUUCAUAAUAAUCUGCUACAAGAAUGGAGAUGUAUACGGAUGCAUGGAAGAAGAGUGCAAAUUCAUGUUUUCGAUUCCAAAUAAUUUCGGAGUUCCGAUUUCCGUUUGUUCUGUCAACCAAAAGAACGAAUAUAUCAUAGGAACUGAUGCAGGAUACUUGAUUUCUAGGUCUAUUACGUUGUCUUGUCCAAUUCGAAUUGUAAGAAUUUCGAAUAUGCCAGCACGAGUGGCCAAACACAACACAGACUCAAUUGUUGUCACUGCUGGACCUUAUGCUGCUAUUGUUGAUCGUAAAUUGUCCAAGAUUAUCAUUUCAUUUACUCAACCUCCUUCUCAUGUAAGAAAUGUAUGCGUUGUAGACAGAACAUUAGUUACUUCCCACUCAGAUGGAGGCAUGAGAUCAUGGCUGGACGGAAAAAUAUAUUCAUUGGUCGAUGGAACAAUGCAGAGAGCUAAAAAUGAAUAUGUUUGGCUUGCACAGCCUAGUUUUGCUGAACCAAUACAUAAAUCAGAUGUUGUAGCAUUGAUUAAUAUUCCUGCUUUGACUGCAGCAGCAAGUCUUGAUUCAGAUGGAGUAAUUAUUAUUUGGUCGGUUAUUUAA